AUGGUCACUGUUCGCGAAAUGCUCGAUCUCAUCCCCCCUGGUAACCCGAUUCGCCCCUCCUUCCUCAACGGCCUCGCGGGUAGCUUAGGCCUUCGUUUCGAGCGGACAGGGCAGAUGCAGGAUAUUGAUGAAGCGAUAGAACUUGGUCGCGAAGUGAUCGCUUUCCAACCCCCUGAUCAUCCGGCUCUCCCCUUGCUCCUCAACAACCUCGCAAAUCACUUGAGCUCUCGUUUCGAUCGAACAGGAGAGACGCAGGAUGCUGAGGAAGCACUUAAAUAUAAGCGCGAAUCGCUUGCUCUUCAACCGUUUCGUCUUGAGCAUCUCGCUACCAUCCUCGACCACCUCGCAGCUCACUCACACUCUCAUUUCCAGUGGACGGGACACAUCGAUUUCAUUGAGGAAGCGAUCAAAUUUGCUCGCAGAGUGCUCUCUCUCUGUCCUCCAGGUCAUACAGAUCGCCCCAGGUCCCUGACUAACCUCGCAUCUUACUUGGGCUCUCGUUUCCAGCGGACAGGACGGAUGCAGGAUCUUGAGGAAGGGAUCGAAUUUUAUCGUGAAGUACUCACUCUUCAACCCUCCGGUGAUCUGGAUCUCUCCUCGUCCCUUGACAGCCUUGCAAGUCUCUUGAGUCUUCGUUUCGAGGAGGCAGGACAGAUGCAAGAUCUUGAGGAAGCUAUGGAAUGUGGUCGCAAAGCGCUCGCUCUCCAACCCCCUGGUCAUUUGGAUCGUUACACCUCCCUCUACAAACUCGCAGCUUUUUCAAGCUCUAGUUUUGAGUGGACGGGAAGUAUGCAGGAUCUGAAGGAAGCAAUCGAAUGUGGUCGCGAAGCCCUCGCUCUUCAACCCCUUGAUCAUCCAGAUCGCCCUUCGACCCUCGAGAACCUCGGAGAUCAAUUGAGCUUUCUUUUCCAUUGGACGGGACAGAUGCAGGACCUUGACGAUGCGAUCGAAUAUUGUCGGGAAAUGCUCGUUUUCCGACCACCUGAUCAUCCAGAUCGCGAUGCGUCCCUCAACAACCUAGGACGCCUUUUGAGCUCUCGUUUUAACAUGUCAAGACAGAUGCAAGACCUUAACGAAGCGAUACAACUUGCUCACGAAUCGCUCGCUCUCCAACUUUCUGAUCGUCCUAAUCGCGAUGCCUACCUCCACCACUUCACUAGACAGAUGGAGGAUGUUGAUGAAGGAAUCAAAUAUGUUCGUGAAGGGCUCGCACUGCGAGGUCCUGGUCAUCCGGAGAAUGCCGACUUUUUAAUCGUCCUCGCAUUGUUGUUGCGCUCUCGUUUCAGACGGAUUGGACAGAUGGAGGAUAUUGAGGAAGGAAUCAAAUCUGCUCGCGAAGCGCUCGCACUGCGAGGUCCUGGUCAUCCGGACCGCGCCACCACUCUCAUUGCCUUCGCAGGUGUGUUAGACAGUCGUUCUGAGCAGACAGGACAGAUACUGGAUGUUGAGGAAGGGAUCAGAUAUGUUCGCGAAGCGCUCACACUGCAAGGUCCUGGUCAUUCAGAUCGCGCCCACACUCUCAUCAUCUUCGCAUAUAUGUUGGGCAGUCGUCAUGGGCGGACAGGUCAGAUACAGGAUCGUGAGAAAGCGAUCGAAUAUACUCGCGAAGCGCUCACUCUCCAUCCCCCUCUUCCGGAUCUUCCCCUUUUUCUGUCUCGCCUCGCAUAUCACUUGCAUCUUCGUUUCGGGCAGACAGAACAGAUCCAGGAUAUUGAGGAAGCGAUUGAAUACUCUCGCGAUGCACUCGCGCUCGCGCCCCCUGGUCAUCCGUUUCUCCCCUUGCUCCUCGACAACCUCGCAAUUUACUUGCGUUCUCGUUCCAACCAGGCAGGACAGAUGCAAUUUCUUGAGGAAGCGAUCGCAACUCAUCGCAAAGCGCUCGCUCUCCGACCCCUUAGUCAAAUGGAUCGCCCUCAUUCCCUCCACAACCUCGCAGUUGAACUGUACUCUCGCUUCGGGUGGGAAGGACAGAUCCAGGACCUCGAAGAGGCCAUAGAAUAUCAUCGGGAAGCGCUCGAUAUUUUCGAUGCUGCAUCAUCUGCGAUUGACGCAGGGCAGCUGGAUAUCGCAAUCGAGAUGCUGGAGCAAGGAAGAGCCUUACUUUGGUUCAAAAUGAAGGGUUAUAGGCAGCCUGUCCAAGAGCUUCGCGCCAUCAACGAAACACUUGCCGAUGAGUUCGAGACGGUCAGCAAUCAGUUAGAGAAGCUUGCCACUUCACAAACAAGUGGUGCAUUAGAACGCGGCCCAAUAUUCAGCACUGCGUGGGAUGACAUGUGGACUGAACAGCGUAGGCUGUCAGAUAGAUGGGAUGCGAUAGUCAGACAGAUCCGUCAGAUUGAAGGGUUUGCAGAUUUUCUACAGCCAGUACCAUUCGGACGUCUCAAGCACGCCGCUGCCGAAGGACCUGUCAUUAUCGUUAACGUCUCUUCGUACAGAUCAGAUGCUUUGAUCCUCCGCGACGCCACUUCUUAUCCUACCCUCGUUCGCCUCACGGACUCAUUACACGACCAAGUCGGAACACUGUCUGAUCAGCUCGACCAACUUCGUAGGCAGGAUGAGCGUACCAGCGCCGCAGCGCUGCAGGAUGUUUUGUGCGCGCUCUGGAAACUCGUCGCUCAGCCAGUGGUCGAUCAACUCAAGAUCCUGGGCGUUGCGGAGAAAUCUAGGAUCUGGUGGUGUCCGACUGGAGAGCUCUGCUCUCUCUCACUGCACGCUGCUCACCCCCUUGUCACAGGCGAAAGUGGUCUUCCUGAUAUAUUUGUAUCCUCCUACACUCCUACACUCUCUUCCCUGAUUUCCGCAAGGGAGAACAUGCCUGAGAUUCGAUCUAAAUACCCCCAAAUCCUUGCUGUCGGUCGACCAGACGGCUUUCUGCGACGUGUGAAUGCGGAGUUGGAGGAGAUACAGGGCCUCGGAGAUUUCGUUGAUACCCUUGUCGAGGACCAGGCAACGCCCGAUGCAGUGCUCACGAAUCUUCAAACCCAUCCGUGGGUUCAUAUUGCUUGUCAUGGUCAUCUGGACGGCUCACAACCGUUCAAGUCCUCGUUUGAACUAUAUGGAGGCUCCCGCUUGACUGUGAAGGGUCUCCUGCAAGCCCGCCUUCCCAACGCAGAGUUUGCAUUCCUGUCUGCCUGCCAUAGUGCUGCAGGCGACUAUGUCCACACGCCAGACGAAGUUUUUCACCUUGCUGCGGCGACGCAAUUCUGCGGGUUCCGGAGUGUUGUCGGGACGCUGUGGGCAAUGGCGGAUGACGAUGGGCCGAUGCUCUCUCGGGAGUUCUACAAGUACAUGUUCCGCCACAAGGACCCAGCAAAGGUGGAUUUCAAGGACUCGGCGAUGGCGCUGAGAUCUGGGAUUAACGCGCUGAGGAAUGCGGAAGUCCCAUCUCACCGAUGGGCCGCGUUUGUUCACAUCGGUGCAUGA